AUAACCAAUUCGCAAGCUUGCCAAUUGUCAUGUCAAUGACAGUCAAUCAGUGAAUAUUUUGCCAUUUAGCAUAAACGAGUAGUUGUAGGAGCUGAAUUUUGUAGUCUUCUAGUUAAUCCUAACACACAAUGACAGAGAGAAUCAUAAUAAGUGGUUGAAAAUAACAAAGAGCAAUAAGUAAUUGUAGAACCCCUCCAAGAAAACAUCGAGAUCUGUGCUAUGAUACAUGAGAUUCAGUUUGCUUCACGAACAAGCUGAAGAAGGAAAACAAUUUUUCUUUUGACAAUGGGGUAAAGAAAAAGAAAAGAUUUUUCCUUCCUACUGCUUUCUUUUUUCCUACCGGUACCACCAGCUACUGCAGAGAGGGAAAAAGAAAAGGUGUCUCAAGAAACCAAGUAUGGCUCUUUCUUGCCUCAGAGAAUAAUCUCUUUUUAUGUUUUGUUAUCUUUCUCAUUUUGCAAAGGGGGUAAAGUAAACAAAAUGCCGUUGGAGUAGGAAGUGUUAGAGGGGAAUUGUAAGGCACGUGACUUCUACCUCUUCUCAAUUCUCAACCGUUAUUAAGCUCUCUCCCAUUUUCUUCAUUUCGGAUUUUCAUAUGGGGUUCUGAAGCUUCCGCUUUCUCUGUCCGUAGAAUUCGCCAUUUUUCAAGUUGAUGCAAAUGGAUGAUACUCAAAGAUGAUCUCUUAUAGCAACUUGAGUUGACUUGGGAAGUCCAGGAGCAAACAGGAAAUCAUAUUCAUUCCUAAUCAUUAAAAUGAUGAAGCUACACCCAGUAGCAGCUCUGCUUGCUCUUUCUCUGUUUCUAUUUUUUCUCCUCUUCCCAAAAGUUAUUGCUGACCUUAGCUCAGAUAGACAAGCGCUACUCAACUUUGCUUCUGCAGUACCCCAUCUUCGAAAGUUCAAGUGGAACACUAACUCUUCCAUUUGCGCAUGGCAUGGCGUCAGUUGCAGCUUAGAUGGCAGUCGUGUAGUUGCACUUCGACUUCCCGGUAUUGGACUCUAUGGUUCUAUUCCAGACAAUUCCAUAGGAAGACUGGAUGCAUUAACAACCCUCAGCCUUCAUUCCAAUAGGCUGAGUGGAAAUCUUCCUUCAGACAUCACCUCUCUUCCUUCCCUCCGUUUUAUAUUUCUCCAACAAAAUCAAUUUUCCGGUGAAAUUCCUUCCCCUCUAUCUCUACAGCUCAACUUCAUUGAUCUCUCUUUCAAUUCCUUCUCAGGAAAAAUUCCAACAACAAUUCAAAAUCUGACAUAUCUUACUGGUUUGAACCUACAAAACAACUUGUUCGCAGGAUCCAUUCCUAAUGUAAACCUUCCAAGGCUUACACAAUUGAAUAUGAGCAAUAACCAACUUAAUGGUUCAAUUCCACCAUCCCUUGCAAAGUUUCCUAAUUCUUCAUUUCAAGGAAAUUCUCUAUUAUGUGGACAACCCUUGACUCAAUGCCCCUCUUUUGCACCUUCACCUUCUCCAUUCCCUUCAAUUCCACCUUCUCCUUCGCCUUUGAGUCUAACACCACCAUCUCGUUCUCCAAGUAGCCGGCCAUCCUCACCAGCAAUUCCUGAAAAGCAGAAAGGCAAGAAAAGUUUAAGUACAGGGGUUAUCAUUGGCAUUGUUGCAGGGGGUGUUGGAGGGAUCCUAGGUAUAGCUGUGUUGAUUUUCUUGUGUUGUAUGAAGCGAUACUAUACUAAGAGCGGUGUUCAGCAAAGAAAAGACUUUAAUGGAGGAGGAAGUCCGAAGCAACCAGAGGACUUUAGUAGUGGAGUACAAGCAGCUGAAAAGAACAAAUUGGUUUUCUUUGAGGGUUGUUCUUUCAAUUUUGACCUUGAAGAUUUGUUGAGAGCCUCAGCUGAGGUUUUGGGUAAAGGGUGCUAUGGGACAACCUACAAGGCCAUCUUGGAGGAGGGAACGAAUGUUGUUGUGAAACGGCUGAAGGAAGUUGUUGUUGGGAAACGAGAGUUUGAUCAACAGAUGGAGAUAAUUGGCACUGUGGCUCAGCAUCGAAAUGUUGUUGCUCUUCGUGUGUAUUACUUUUCCAAGGAUGAAAAACUUCUUAUCUAUGAUCAUAUACCGGCAGGCAGUUUAUCCACUCGAAUGCAUAGCAACAGGGACUUGGGAAGAACACUAGACUGGGAAUCUAGAUUGAGGAUUGCCCAUGGAGCGGCAAGUGGUAUUGCCCAUAUCCAUGCUGUUGCUGGUGGCAAAUUAAUUCAUGGCAAUAUCAAGUCAUCCAAUGUGCUUCUCACCAACGACAAUAGUGGAUGCAUCUCAGAUGUUGGUCUUACUCCUCUAAUGGGCUUUCCUACUAUCCCAUCAAGGAGUGCAGGAUAUAGAGCACCCGAGGUGAUCGAAACGAAGAAAUGUACUCAGAAAUCCGACAUUUACAGCUUUGGCGUUCUGCUUCUUGAACUCCUUACUGGCAAAGCACCAGUGCAGCCACCUGGCCAUGAUGAGGUGGCAGAUUUACCAAGAUGGGUGCAGUCUGUUGUAAGGGAGGAAUGGACUGCUGAGGUGUUCGAUACCGAGCUCAUCAAAUUUCAAAAUAUAGAAGAUGAGAUGGUGCAGAUGCUUCAGAUUGCAAUGGCUUGUGUGGCAAAUGUGCCUGAAUCAAGGCCUGACAUGAACCAAGUUGUCCAGAUAAUUGAGGAUAUCCAGCAAUUUGAUUCUGGAAACAGGCCUUCAUCUGAAGAUAACAAGUCUAGAAGUCCAACUAGUCCAAUACCAUGAUUACUCAUGCAUUUCUCAUACUCCAUUCUAUUACCAAAUGUGCAUUUCAAUCUGUUCUUUUAAGCAUAAUUCAGACAUACUCCAUUCUAUUACCAAAUGUGCAUUUCAACCUGUUCUUUGAAGCAUAAUUCAGACCUUUUACA